AAUCAAGUCAAAGAUCCCCAGCGGUGAAGUUGUUGGCGGGUUUUAUGCCGAUCAUUAACAUACACCGGAGAUCACCCAAUUCCGGCUCUCCGGCCAGCUAUCAUGUGGACAUUCGCGCUAGCGCUAUCGUGGCGUCGCGCCGGUAUGCUUCCAUAUGGGGAGAGCGCGUUUUAUAUCAACGUGAUAGCGAAUUGAGCGACGACCCACGGCCAUUAACAACCGUUAUACUUCAGCUAAAGUGCCCACGGACACCAUCUGGAGAAGCGAUGACGCGGACCAUCGCUCCAGUGCUAACCUUUCGAGCUAUGGCAUUGCCUAGAUGCCAACAGAUGGGAUCAGCUUUAAACUCCAAUAAUCCAGAUUUCCGUCUGGAAUAUUACAUCUAACCUGUCUCUUAAUCAGGCUCCGGGCACCACGGCCUUGUUUCGCAUGCCCCGGAAGGUAUGAUAUUAUACACCGUCUAGGCGCGUUACCGAUGGCGGUUGCACCUGAUGGAGGGUCCAAGUUCUGUUGUCUCAUUGCCUAAGGACGAUUCCUAUGUGCCUGAAUGCUUCGCAUGGUACACUGUGGGAGUUCUGGUCAUCCUAUUACGAUUCGCAACUCGUGUGCGUACUGUCGGUCUCUCCGGGUUUCGCGGCGAUGACUAUUUGGCGAUCCUCUACAUUGCUUUAUACACAACAUGUAUCAUCAUUGUCUACGUCACGUACUACACCGGUGCCAGCCUGAAUAUCGACCCGUCCAAAGUUGACCUUUUGACCGAUAAUGAUAUUCGAAUACUUGUUAUGGGAUCGCGAAUCGAGUAUGCUUCGUUUUUCAUCUAUGUGGGAUGUAUAUGGACCUUGAAAUUCUCUGUGCUAUACUUUUAUAACCGCAUUACACUCGGCGUGCUACGACGAAAAACAGUUAUGUUCUUGUGGUGGUUCUGCAUUGGAUCUUUCUUUGUAGUUUGCACCACCGCGCUAUGUUCCUGCUACCCGGUACAGCGCAAUUGGCAGGUCAGGCCGCUACCCAGUGGGAACUGCACAUACAGGCCUCAGAACUUUGUGGUCCUUGCGGUCUUCAACGUUUUAAGCGAUGCAGCAUUGAUGUCAAUCCCGAUUCCCAUCAUGAGCCAUCUACGUGUGACAACACGCCGCAAGAUAGGCAUCUCAAUAUUGCUCUCAUCCGGCGUAUUCGUCAUAUCCACCGCUGUUAUCAGGGUGGUGCUGACUCUGAUUGGAGAACCAACGAUCAUCACCAUUAACCUCUGGGGCUUCCGUGAAUUAGGUGUAGGACUCAUUGCUGUUACUGCUCCAAUUGUUUACCCAAUGUUCACCCCUGAGUUUUGGCGCGCCGGACCCUAUGUUCGCCAAAACCGACGGAAUAUACUUCAGGCUUCUUUGAAUAUUUCCAUUGGCAGCUUCAAAGACGACAACGACGUUGGAGUCCAGCUGCGUCCCAGCAAGAGCUGGCCAAGUCAACCUCGGAAAGCUUCUAGUGCUUAUCAUAGUAGUCUCCAAGAUAUCGAUAUAGAAUUUGAUCUUAACAGCGAUGGGGUGGAAACAAUAGCAUGCAAGGAUAUGAUUUGAAUCGAAAAUCCAUGCUCAAAAGAAUAGUCCUGGGUGAUCCGUUUAACGUCAUGUUAACAAAGGCUGAGUUCCCAGAUUUUGACGCAAAGCCUCAUCGAUAAAAUCGGAAGAUGCAUGUUUUGAUUCAUUUUUGUCCGUACAAACCCACAUGUAAAAU